UAUUUGAUCCAUAAGUGCGCGGCAACACUGGUCGUAUUUCGUAAACAAUUAAGUGGAAAAAUAAUGUCACAAAUAAAAUAGCAAAAUACUCGGCCAAGCAUGGAGGUGUUUCAGACGGAGUCUCACUACAUAUUCGUGAAGCGCGACAAGAGUUUGUGGUGGAAUCGCAAGACGUCGGAGUUUGCAAUCAAAGCGGGAUGGGAUCUCAGCUCUGUGGAUGACAUUGAAUGCAUUGGAGUAACGCAUGGAAUUGUGGGCGUCAUCUCGCUGCCGAAUGUCUACGAUCCGCACUUGGUCGUGGUCAAGGAGGCGACUGCCGUGGGCGUGCUCUAUCCACCGCAUUUGGUGUAUAAGAUCAAGUCCAUUUGCAUACUGAGUGCCGAGGAGCCAGACACUGACUUGCCCAACUGCACCAAGCAUGCCAAAAGCAACCAGUCCACGCCCACUCACAGCAGCGCCUCCGCAGCGGCGCAGAAUAACAAUGCAAGCGUUUCCUCGGGUGCUGGUGGCGGCGGCGGCAGCGGCGGCGGCUCCUCGAAGAGCACCAAGCUCUUCGUAGGCAUGAAUAAAACCUGGGGCGCUGUCAAGAGUGCUGGGAACACCAUCAAGAACACCACACAGCAGGCGGCCAAUAUGGCCACCAAGCAGGUCAAGUCCUCUGUGGGCAUACGGGAGCCGAAGCACAUCGAGCGACGGAUCACCGAGGAGCUGCACAAGAUCUUCGAUGACACGGACAGUUUCUACUUCAGUUUCGAUUGCGAUAUAACCAACAAUCUGCAGCGGCAUGAGGCCAAAAUGGAGGAGAGCCAACCGCAGCCGGACGAGAGGUUCUUCUGGAACAUGCACAUGAUCCAGGACAUACUCAAAAUGAAUGAUAAAACAUGGAUACUGCCCAUCAUUCAGGGAUUUGUGCAGGUGGAGCCGUGUGUCAUUGGCAAUGAGUGUUUCACACUGGCCUUGGUGUCGCGACGCUCACGUCAUCGGGCGGGAACACGCUACAAGCGACGGGGCGUCGAUGAGAAAGGAAACUGUGCCAAUUAUGUGGAGACCGAGCAAAUACUCUCCUUCCGCCACCAUCAAUUGUCGUUUACGCAGGUGCGCGGUUCCGUGCCGAUCUAUUGGAGCCAGCCCGGCUACAAGUACCGGCCACCGGCACGUCUUGAUCGUGGUGUGGCCGAAACCCAGCAAGCCUUUGAGCUGCAUUUCACCAAAGAGCUGGAGACCUAUGGCCGUGUCUGCAUCGUCAAUCUGGUGGAGCAAAGUGGCAAGGAGAAGCUCAUUGGAGACGCCUAUGCCGAUCAUGUGAUUAAAUACAACAACGAGCUGAUGAUCUAUGUGACCUUCGACUUUCACGACUACUGCCGCGGCAUGCGCUUCGAGAAUGUCUCGGCGCUGAUUGAUGCCAUCGGCCCCGAGGCAGGCGCCAUGGGCUUCCACUGGCGCGAUCAGCGCGGCAUGAUCUGCAAUCAGAAGUCAGUCUUUCGUGUGAACUGCAUGGAUUGCUUGGAUCGCACCAAUGUGGUGCAAACAGCCAUUGGCAAGGCGGUGCUGGAGUCGCAGCUUGUCAAACUGGGUAUCUCGCCGCCGUACACGCCCAUACCCGAGCAGCUCAAGUCCCCGUUCAUGGUGCUGUGGGCAAACAAUGGCGACAUCAUAAGCAGACAGUAUGCCGGCACCAAUGCCCUGAAGGGUGACUACACACGGACUGGGGAGCGUAAAAUCAGCGGCAUGAUGAAGGACGGCAUGAACUCGGCCAAUCGCUUUUUCAUACAAAACUUUGCGGACUCGUUUCGCCAGUGCAUCAUCGAUCUGAUGCUGGGCCACUUGAGGCAGGCCGAUGAGCUGCAGGAGGAUGAAGUCCUGGGCACGAUACUGCAGAUACUCAAGCCCGAGACGCGAGCACCCAUCAGGGGUUAUUAUGGUGUGGGCGUGCUGGGACCCGAGCUGAGGUUGCUCGAAUCCAUCGUCACAACCAGCUACUAUUUGGCCCGCUUUAAGGACUCUUAUCGGCAGGCCACCAUAGAUCUGAUGCUGGGCAACCAGGUCUCCGCGGAAUCGCUGAGUGCGCUGGGCGGUCAAGCAGCACCCGAUGAAAUUGAUGCCACAGAGAAUGCCGAACAUGCCAAAAUGCUUGUGGAGGACUGUCGCCGCCUGCUGCUGGGCUCUGCUCAGUAUCCCGUUGGUGCCUGGGGUCUAAUCGAUGCAGAUCCAAGCUCUGGGGAUGCCAGCGAAACCGAGGUGGACUCCAUAUUGCUGCUUACCGACGACUGCUACAUUGUGGCCGAGUACGACUCGCAUCUGGACAAAAUUGUGCGCUUCGAGAAGGUGCAGCUGCAACAGCUGCGCGUCAUAGAGCUGGGCAUGCAUCAUCAAACGAAAAUGUUUCAGGGACCGGCCCCGGCCCACCUCUGCUUGCGUCUGAACUACAGCGUGGACGAACAGGAGGGCUACUUCCACAUGUUCCGCUCGGCCAAUCUGCGCUUCUUCAACAACAUGGCGUACGUGAUCAAGACGCAGGAGGAGCUGGCCGAGUCUCUAAGCUCCAUUGUGGAGAUGUUUCGCAUCGCCUUGGACAAUGCCGGCAAUACGGACGUCCACUUCGUCACGGGCGGCGUGCUCCAGCGGCGGAAGAGCAAAGUACCCAUGCUGGAUGUGCCCAAGGGUGGGAUGCCGCGGAACCUGUCUGAAUCUCAGCUGGUGCAAAUCAGCUCCAAGGCUCUGUCCAAUGUGGCCGGUCAGUUCUCGAAAUUGGGUCAGACCUUCAAGAAGCCCUCAAGCCACACCCAGCAACAGCAUAUGGCAGCCGCAAUCCAUCCUCAAAUCGAACCUGGCCAGGAGGCGGCGGAAAAGGCAGUGUUCACGCUAGGCGGCAAGCAACGGGCCACGAGCACCAGCAGCAGCACGGACACGGAAGACCACGACAACAGUCUAUACGAGCCCGAGGUGGACUCCGACGUGGAGAUAGCCCUGGACAAGGGCAACUACAAUGAGAACGCGUUCUUGCCAUCGGUGGGCAUUGUUAUGGGCAAUCAGAAGGGGGAAUCGUCGGACGAAGUGCGACAGCUGGAGCAGAAGGACAGCAUGUGCAAGACGGCCGAGGAUGUGCUCACCAUUUCCAUCACCUCGGUCACGGAUCAUGUCAGUCUGCCCACCGGCCUGCUUGAGAAUGCACCGCACAUACGACCACUCACGCCCAAUCCCCAGAUCUGUGUGGAGGCGCACGAAGCGUUCGAGGCGGCGGAGGAGGCCAAGCCGCUGUCCAGUGCCGGGGCCAGGGAUCUUAGCCUGCCGUUGGCCCUGCCGGCGACCCACUCAGAGGCCAACAAAUUGAAGCAGCUAACCAGUCCACUCUCGAAGCUGGCCAAGAACAUUGGUCUCAACCUGGAUCCCCGCAAGAUAGCCACAAAGUCUGGCGUUCUCUCGCCCACUACCCUGUCGGCCGAGAACUCUCCGCCAGAGCGCGGCCCCAACUCGCGCGAUCAUCUGCUGGAACUGUGGGAUGCCGAGAAGUGCAAAACCAAAUUGAUAGCCCUAUAAGCGGGACAAUAACUCAGUAGUUCACAAGUUCUACACCUAUUAAUGUAUUAGUGCAAGUGAUAUAUAUUUAUGAUAGUUUGUUCUAAUUGUUCUACUUGUUGUACGAGGCACUUCACUUCCAUUGAUAUGACAUAUGACGACAUCACAGUAGAAAGCAGAGACAAAAACGUUUUCCAUAUACUUGGAUGAAUUAGGACAUAAAACAUGUAUUUGUGAUUGGUAUGGCACCAUAUGCUGUAGUAGGAGUUCCAUUUUUUUGUGUCUAACUUAAAGCUAACUGAAAUCGAAAAUUCACCCAUAAUCGUAAAGUAGACGUAGAUUUUGAGAGGCAAGUAUAGGCAUUUCCCAAGGACGAAAAGGUCCACCAAGCCAUUAAAAUCUCAUUUUCAUAUAGUUCUGUACAGAUAUUAUUUUAUAAAUUAUUGACAGUCAACAAAUUUAACCAAUUGACAUAUGAUUUCAUUAACUUUAAUGUGAAAAACCUAUAAAAAUAGGCAAAAGUUAAUUUUUUAUUUUAUUUUGUAAUUUUUCACGUUGUAUUAUUUCUUAUAAGAAAGAGGAUAUUUGAUCAAAUUUAUUCCACAAAGUCUCUGUUAAAUAUUCAACCAACUAAAAAACGGGCAACGGUAUAUUUUUUAACUUUUAUUACCUCGAAAUUUCGUAACGUAAGGCUUGUAGGUUUAAAUACAAAAAAAAGGAAAGGUUUUUAUAUUUUAUUCCUUGGAAAUUGUACCUCUAUGCUUCAUAUGUAAUGUAAAGGCUAGUCCUAACCAAUUCUUAGAGUCUUCAAAUUUGUCUAACCCAAGCUCCAAAACCACUUCUGUUUUUGGUUUAUUUCUUUAAAACCCUACGUUCGAUUGUUCUCAUUUUGUUGCUGGAUUUAUGGCUACUUAAAAAGGAAUAUAACUUUUUUGAAAUUGGACUCUUAUUUGUAACAUUUUGUCAUACGAACGUGGCUUGACGCCACAAUGGAAAUGCCCAUGCGCUUGACGCAAGUAUUUGUAAUUAGGCCCUGGCUUACAAUUAGCUUAGAAUUAGUGUAGAAGACUUUCAGGCACCUUGCUUAUGAACGCAAACAGCUAUACGUACAUUCAGGUUGGUAGACUAUAUACUAUAUAGCACAUACUACCACAAACGAAACCAGAAAGACAAACAAAAGACUUGGCCCAUGCCAAUUUUUUACACGAAACACAAUACAAAUACCCAUUUUAUUGGAUUAGAAAUAAUGUACGAAAACUGAGAGGAUUUCAGUAAUUUCAACGAAAAUUCGAAGGGUUAUACACUUUUAGCUGGGGGGCUUGAGCGAUAUAUGUAUACUCUUCGUAGUGUGUUUGUAUAUAGCGUGUAUUUGAUGUAUUAUUAAUAUGUAUUUGAAUAACAUAUGUAUUCGCCACCGAUUAUAGAAAUUAUAUGUGUGUUUAAAUGCUUCAA